AUAAUUUCCUACCUGACCCUAUUGUUUAAAAGAAAGAGUUGUCAAUUUCUGAGGACAUUUUGAGCCGCCAUGUUGGAUACAAUCUUUCUCGAGCGGUGCCAGACGACACACGUGACCAAACUCGUCGUUCUGGCGCCCGUGCUCCUCCUCGUCGCCUUCCACGUGCAGCUCGCCCUGGGUCAAAGGUCAAAGCACGCGCCCCAGGUAACGGACCUGUCCCACACACACCUGCCACAUCAUGUGCGCGUGAGUGCAGACGUGCGCGGCUUGUCCUCGGCCGAGACUGACCACCUUGACCUUGACCAGCAAGCGACCCCUGGUGUGAAGCAACUUGCUGACGUCACAUCACAAAGCCCAAACCAGCCCCUCACCGUCGGGGUCACCAAAAGCAAGGGAAACAACUACGGCAACAAACAGUUGUCAGGAGUUACGGGAAAUGGUUUUCAUCCAAAACCGGAAGCCUUGAACAGAGAAGAUCACAAACGCCUUAACAAGAACACAAGAUUUAAUCCGCGCGAGAAGCGGAUCAUCAAAGGUCACCCUGACCGUGACCUAUUAUUCUACACGUCCCCUUCCACCAGCUCAACCACCAAACAUUCCGAAUAUCAAGACUCGAACACUGAAUCAGGAGACACCAAAUACGACAUGUCACCCCUCAACAUGGAAUCGCCCACGGCGGCUACAGAGCAACCCGGACGCGUCCAUUCUGAUGACGGGGUGUGGCAAGUCCACGACAUAUCCACGACGCUGUGCCGCUCGACCAGACCACUGACCAGCAGCUGGUACCAGAUCAUCAACUGUACUGGGGCCGUCUUUGACGCCGUGCCUGCUGGUCAUCGCUUCUUCGUCCUGGACACUCAGACACUGUCACUGUCCGGCACCAACUUCCAGACGUUCUCACAGAUCCUCAUCAACACGUCAUCACUUAAGGUCAACAACCUGUACAUAGACAACGCCAAUGUCAAGGACUUAAAGGCUGUUUUCCAAAUUUUUGACGUCACGGAGUUACUGAGCUUGUAUGUGCGGAAUAACCUGGUGACGUCAUUGGACGCUGAUGUGUUCCAUGGGGCCGAGAAACUGGAGCAAAUUAACAUAUCCAACAACCGAAUUGAGGAACUACAGUCCGACGUUUUUUCACAAACUCCUGAUCUAAAGAUAUUAUCACUGGAGAACAACAUGUUGACUCGGCUGACCAAAAAUUUGUUUGAAAGCAACACAAAUUUACAUACUCUGCGGUUGAACAGAAAUCGUAUUAGCGAGCUGGAGAAUGGAACCUUUAAUGGCCUGACUAAACUCUUCAAACUGGACCUUUCUCACAAUCGACUCACGGAUCAACUUGUUGUAAACAAUGGAGUUUUCUCCCCUUGUUCCGGCCUCUCAAUACUGUCACUCAGGAACGCCAGCAUCUCAGUGUUGGACAAGCAGACGUUCGCUGGGUUGAGAAACUUGGGUACAUUAGAUCUGUCAUACAACCAACUGACAGCCAUACCAGACCAGGCCUUUGAGGAUCUGGUUCGUCUCACACAUCUAUUUCUUGAGUUCAACCAAAUAACGAGAGUAUCCAGGAGUUGGUCUUUGCCGAGGACUUUAACCUCACUUGCACUCUAUGCCAACAAUAUUUCUGUUUUAGAAGAUGGAACAUUGGACGGAAUUGAUUUAACAAAUCUCUUCCUGAGCAACAAUAGGCUGGAGUCGCUUCCCAUGAUGACCCAGUUGCACCUUAACAGCAUGAAAAAUGUGACUUUGGACAACAACCCCUGGCGCUGCGACUGUCAUCUGAUCUUUCUGAUUCACUUUGUGAAGAGCUCGACUCUUGGUAACACUAAUACGUCCUGCGCAGCCCCGCAGCACAUCCGGAUGUCCGCCAUUAAUGAAAGAAGCAUCACGUGUCCUGUCUAUAAAGGUUGUCGAGACUCGACGUGCACCAACUGUCACCAGAAGCCGCUACACAGGAUGGUCAAAGGCAGCUGUGUCUGUAUGGAGGGGACGUACAUGGGACAAGGGGUCGGGCACGGAAACUUCGAAUGUCUAGCCUGUCCCCAGCAGCACUACAAGCCCCACCCCGGGAACGACCGGUGCCGCCUUUGUUCGUCUGGUGGCUCCAUCUUGAAGGGCCCCGCCCCCAUCUGCGCUUGUGGGGUGGGGUACUUUACAAACAAACAAGGGGACUGUGAAAAAUGUCCUAAUGGCACCUACAAGAGCUAUUCCGGCGUCGGCAUCUGCUCCCCCUGCACCGUCGACCACUCGCACGCCGAGCAGUGCUCAUACUUGAACAAAGAAAACGAUUCCAAAUUGAUUGAGAGACAUCCACGAAACAACACUGAGUUGUUUGUGCCGCUUGCUGUGGCUGCCUCUAUCGUCUUCAUCGUUUGUGUCUUCGUCAUCCUCUUCAUAUUUGGUCGACACUACAGGACAAAGCGACGACUUUUGAAGAGGUACAACGGGAAAAUGAACACAAGGUCCAGCAUCAUGAACGUGACGAAGGACGAGGUCCAGUUCUCGAGCGGAAACGUCAACCCCGCAUCCGUCGAGUGCCGGUGUAGUGCCAGACACAGCCUGCGAAUCAAGGACAUCGGUCACAUGAUCGGCCGAGGGGCCUUUGGUCAGGUCUAUGAGGCCUACGCCUACCUGAACUCACACGAUCGGGACCCGGUCAAAGUCGCCAUCAAAAGAUUGAAAGAGACGGCAACAGAUGACGAAAUUCGAAAUCUGCGAGAUGAACUGGAGCAAAUGAUGAACGUGGGUCCACAUCCCAACAUUAUAGGCCUGUACGGGUCCACGAUAUUUGAAGGCCAGUGCUGUAUCGUGAUGGAGUACGCCGAGCUGGGGGACCUCCUCUCCUACCUAAAGACAGAGUGCACCUUCCCCCUGCAGUACGUCAGUGUGGGGAGCGACGGGCGCAUGGUGGAGCAGAGCGCCCCUAAGACGGAGGACAACGCCAAUUUGAUGAUGUUUGCAUGGCAGAUAGCCAAGGGCAUGAGGCAUUUGGAGAUGCAUCGGUACAUUCACCGGGACCUGGCCGCACGGAACUGUCUACUGACUAAAGGUCCCAUAGCCAAGGUAUCGGAUUUUGGUCUCUCCAAGGACGCCUACGAGCUCGGUCAUUACAAGAGGGUUCAAAAGGACCGGGUACCCUUCAAAUGGCUGAGUCCUGAAGCUCUACUGUGGGGCCAGUAUAGCUCAAAAAGUGACGUGUGGGCCUUUGGUAUUUUGCUGUGGGAGCUCUAUACGUUUGGUGGCACUCCAUAUCCUCAGGUGACCACAGAACAGCUCCGAGAGCUGCAUGAAUACGGCUACAGGAUGUCCAAGCCCCCCGCAUGUCCAGAGCAGCUGUACCGUAUCAUGCGAGCGUGCUGGCGAGAAGAUCCCAGACUGAGGCCUUCCUUCAGACAGCUGGAGCAGACGCUGGACAACCUCAUCCAGAAGACAAAAGAAGUGGAAUACAUCGACCUUCACCUCCACGGCCUGAAAACCUCCAACCCACUUCCGUUCACACCGGAGGACAUGGACGACCAAGUGACCUCGCUGGACUUUGUGUACCGGUCUAAAAAACAGCUGACCUACCAGUACCGCACGGCGCGGCACAAGCUGGGCGAGGCUGACGUCAGGAGCUACAGCGGCGGGAGCGGCGACUCCCAGUACGACGAGACGUUCCCCAUCCUGGCGGGGUCCAUCCACAAGGACGGCACCGAGCUGGGCAGCGAUAGCACGGUGACGUCAGGCUUCCAGAGCAUGUCGUCCGACCAGACUAUUUAACCCACGGGUCAGCCGGUCACCUUUGACCCGGCGCAGCACGUACGACUGCACUAGACAUGUGUCAUCGACUUCACACAAUACUUUAUUUAUCAAAUUUAUAUGAUUUUUACACCAGUAUUUUAAUAACAGAACAGGAUUGCACAUUUCUACUUAUAUUUUUGUUAGAAAAACUAAAUGUAAAAGCAAUAAUUUAUACCUAUUUAAUCGGGUUUAGAGUUCCGAUUCCACGCCUCAACCACCAUUUAAUAAAACAUGGAUUAGAACAAAAAAAUCGCAGGUAGAUUUUAGAGCAGGCUUCAAAUAGAAAACUCAAGUAGGCAGUGCUAUGUUUAGAGCUAUAGUAAAUAACAUUUCUCCUGGUGCAGCUAUACCCUCUCUGUAACACUUUGAUAUGUAUGUUCAUCAUGGACUCGCUUGUUUUAUAUUAGAACUAAGGAUUAUACACACUACAUUAUUAUUUGACUCUUAAUCUGUGGAUAGAUGAACAGGGAAUUGUGUGGCAAGUGGCUAACCAGUCUGGAGGUCUUGUCUAUGAGGUCACUUACUAUGUUUGUAUGAUUGGUCAAACGUUAUUCAAACAGUUAAGUUUGGAACUCGCUGCCGAAUGACGUCGAUGUUACACAUACAAGAACUGUGGAAUAUGGUAUUCGUGUCACCCUCAACACACGCACACAAUAACGUGUGUUCGUGUGCGACCAAGAACUAUUACGUAUAAUUUUUUAAAAAGACAACUGAUCUUCACCAGCUGAAGCAGAGAACUACGACCAAUUGGUGACCCUUCAAAUUCGUACAACCUAAUCUCCGUGAGACUCCCAGCGAUAAGAUAUG